CAUCAGCCACAGGUGUAUACUCGCCCGCGCGGCCACCUCCGCUCAGAGCGCCGUGCAACUCAGCCAAGGAGGGACGCACUCACACGGUCCUUCAGAGUUUGGCACCGGCAGGAUCAUCUAUGGAAAACACGGGCUACGUGGAAGACCUUUCCGCCGAGCCUAUCCGCCUCACUACCAUCAACACGUUUGAAGAGUCGCCGUAAGGCUGCAGAGCACCGUCUGAGCGGCGAUAUUCUGUCAUAUUCAAUAGUGUCUGCAGUUGCGUCUGGUCGGUUGGUAGCCGCCCCCGCCCCCCGCUGCACAGGUCGUCAGCCCCGCCCCUCCAGGCGGUGAAGGAGAGCACUCACCAGGUCCAGUGAGCCCAAGAGAAGCCCUUCAAGAUGCUGUCCAUUCUGCGGCCCAACACCUACAAGACCCACCUGCCCCUCCUCCCCCAGGACUUCUACGAGUAUCGCGUGUGCGAAGAUGAGACGGCGGCCAUGCUGCUCGCCAAGCACAUCUGGCGACUCCUGAAGAAGGCCCGCAACCGCCUGUUCCAGCUGCCUGGGUGUGAGGGAGGCGCUGCCGGGGUGUCCGUGCUGGUUCCUGCUGACUUCCUGAACCGCCUUUCCCGCGAUGUGGUGCGAAUGACGGAGGGAGAGCGCCACGGUGUAAGGGGGUGCACGCUGGUGAUUGAUUACUUCGACGGUCAGGAGGUGACGAGGGUGGGCAAGAUCAAGUGUGACCCCCACCUGCCCUCCGCCUCAAUGCUGCACCUCACGCUAACCAGGCUGUCUGAGAACCCUAAGCCUAGCAACCCUCUCCUCAGGAUUCUGGGCUUUGGGAGUGACAACGUGAUCCACAUCAGCCCUGGGUACACGCUAGAGAAGAGGAGGAUCAAGGGAAGUCGCAGGGACUCCUCUUGAAAGUAUCCAUCCCUCUUGAUUGUGAAACCCCGGGGACAUGUACAGGAGGAGGAGGAAGAGGUGACAGGAGGAGAUCUGAGGGAUGGAGGAUGAAGAGCAAGAGUAAUGACAAGACAGAGAGGUAGGAGAAAGAUGCAAAUGAAGAGAAGAAACCGAGAGACAGACACGGAGGGAAGGAUGAAGAAAGGAGAGAAGAGAUGAAGGGAGGGUGAGGUGCUGCAAGGUCAGAAUCCCUCAUUCUUUCCCCCUUCCAUCUCUCAGUAAGCAAGAGAGACUUUCCCUUCGCUGCUGGUUUACUGGUUUCCUUUCACUGCUGGUCUCCGCAAGCCACUCUCCAAUGUUCAAAGUUAAAUGUAAUUUCAACUAAGUAGGUUAAUUCCUUAUAGUCAGGGUGUUCUAUUUUUACAGCUUUUUUACACAGCACAAUUUUUUAUACAGAUCUGUCAUUGAGCACAUUUUAUUCUUUGUUUAUCUGAUUGAAUAAAUGUUUUUCUGUGAAGGUU